CUGUCCAGGGAUGAAGGGGAGAAAACUAACAGGGGGAGCACAAGGGAGUAAUGACAGAGGGACUGGAGUAGAAGAUCCAGUAGAGAAACAACCUCAUGGCAGCAGCCCUGCUCGCGCCGCCUCCGUCCUCGUUCGUCUCUAUGUGUACGGUCUGCAUGGCUGCCUCUGCGAGGUGGCCUUCACUGCCGUGUACGACUGGUGCAGCACCCAGGACCGGAGACUGGCGGGUCACAGCAGCCUGUGGGCCCUUCCAAUGUACGCCACUGCUAUCUACCUCAUGGAGGGCCUGAGGGCCCGGCUGCUGGCUCAGAAUCAGCCGCUGCCAGUGCGACUGACUGCCUACAUUUUGUUUAUCUACAUAUGGGAGUUCAGCUGGGGUGUAGGACUGAGGCUGAUGGGGGCCUGUCCCUGGGAUUACUCAGGUUACAGGUACAACCUGGCCGGACUGGUGACUUUGGAGUAUUCUGUACCCUGGGCUGCGGCAGCAUUCAUAGCGGAGCAGUAUGUGAUCAGGAACACUCUUAGAAUAAGACUACACAAAUGAACCGAAUUAUGUGUUUCCAAAAUACUUAAUGACAUGUUUGUAGAAACAAUACCCCUCUGCUAAAACAUU